UCCAUCAUUUGGCUGCAUUGUUGUUUGUGUGCGGUGAGUUCCAUCAUGUAACUUCUUUGUAAUAUCUCUAGCAACAUCAUGUGGCUCAUGAUGAUUCAUCUCUAAUGGAUUUCUUGGAAACUCCAACAUGGGGUGGAGUGGUGGAUCAGCAUUCAAAUUACACCUUUGCAGAGAGUGUAAAGGCUGUUGUUGCUUGCGGUUUCUGCCAUCAUUAGUACCCAAUGCAUAUUCUUCUUUAAGGGCUACUGAUUUGUUCAAAGGCUGGGAAGUUCGAGCUCUUAUCCUAUCGCAUUGAGCAUUCAGCCCUUUAAGCUUUUCCAAAAUUUGUAACAGCAACUCAGUCUUCUGAUUAUUGUCCAAUCUUUCAUUGGCCGAUUGAGUAAACAUAAUGUCUACUUAGGCUCUGAUACCAAAACUGAUGUAGGACAAAGAACAGGCUCAAAUAGAAGAAAGUAAAUAAGAGGUAUGGGAUGGAAAUUCAGAAACAAAGCUAAGAUUCAGGGGUUGUUAGUAGAAAAGAAGGAUUGAAAUUAACAAAGAAAAGCCUAUUGGAAUAACUCCAAUAGGACCUAGGUAUCACACCUAGAGAAGGCCUCACACCCUUAGAAUUUGUGAAUCACUCGCAAAGAAAUCUCAAAGGAUAAUUUUAUUCAAUCUUUCGUUGAGUAUUCAGAGUUACAUAGUAUCCUUUUUAUAAUAAAAGAUGACCCUUGGAUUACCCUACAAUGGAGGUAAUCAAAAGUUGACUCUAACUUAAUAAAGUAACAAAUAACUUAAUUGAUGCAAUUUAAUCUAAUUAUGCAAUUUACCAAAACAAUGCAGAUUUUCCAUAAUUAAUGCAAUUACCAAAAUAAUGAAAUUUGACCAAACCCCCUAAUUAUACAGACUCCAAAUGGACCCCCCAUCGUCUAGCAUUUGCCAAAUUAAGGUUUAAGCUCUAGAAUCCUUCUUGCCAUGCCUUUUAUAUACUUUAAAAGGCUGCUGCCAUUGUUCUCUAGAAUCCUUCUUGCCACGCCUUUUAUAUACUUUAAAAGGCUGUUGCCACUAUUCUCUACUUGGGUUGUUCUAUACCACCAACUCGAAACCUAAUUUGUUUAGGAAAUUCAUCCCACUCCUUCCGGAUGAAUUUCCAAAUCCCAACUCCACGUGGAAUCCUCACCUCCAAAGAGCAGCAUCCACCUUUGAUCUCCCAAAAUAUACAGGCAAUUACCCUCCUCCACAAUCUAUGCCUCUCCACCCCAAACCUCCGUAGCCACUUCUCCAAGAGGGCCUUAUUGAAAGGAGUCAGACUUCUAAUACCCAACCCACCUUUUCGAAUAGGGCUAUACACUUGCUUCCAGUUGACCAAAUGAUACUUAAACUCCUUCCCCUUCCCUCAUAGAAAAUUUCACUGUAACCUCUCAAUCUUGUCAACCACAAAAUAGGGAAUCUCAAAAAGAGAGAAAAUAAUUAGGGAGGCUUGACAAAGUGCUCUUCAUCAAAGUAACCCUUCCACCCUUUGAGUUGUUUUAUUCCAUCUUGCCAACCUUCUCUCGAACCUCUCCACCACGGGAUCCCGAUUUCCUACCCUAUUCUCAUCCCCAUUCGUCUGUCGUCUCACCUCCUUCGUCUCGCCUCAUCUCAUCUUCUCAUUCUCAUCCCCUUCUUUCUUUAUGGUUACUUUUUAAACACUACUUGUCCUGCGUCAACUGGUAUUAGAGCAGAAGAUCCAAGUGCGUCAUAGGAACAAUCAACAAUGUUGUUACUAAACCCUACUGUUCAUGCACAAAUCAAGUACUGUUACUGUUCAUCCAAACAAAUACACUCUGCAUAACCCAAACAAACAUCCAAACAAGCCCUAACCCCAACAAACAAAACCAAAUCCCUUUUGCACUCGACCCACCACCAUCAGUCGUACCCCCAAACAAGCCAAACCCAUAACCUACUGUGAAACCAAAAUUCUAACCCAAAACUACAAUCACCAUACCCAAGCAACCCGAAAUUCAUCCACAAACCAACACCUGAAUACCUAUAAACCCAAUCUUAGCAACCCAACCACAAAAUCCAAACCCUAGCCGCCAGCCCCAAUUCCAAACCUCCAUCUCCACCGCCACUACAGCCUUGCUGAUGCCAAAAUAUCACAGUGGCUGACCGAGAGAGAGAGAGAGAGAGAGAGAGAGAAGAACAGGACUUCUAGUCGUUAUCAUCGACUGUCACAGCACUGAAAUCACCAUUGCCGUCUACCUCUUACUUCUACGUCACUGGAAUCAAGCCGCCAUAGCAUAAAAAUCAGUGCCGAGAAUUUUGGAUACUUGCUGCCGUCACGCGUUGCAAAACCGGCCAUAAAAUCAGCAUCGUCAUCUGGUGUCUUUGCAAUUGAUUUUGGGAAAGUCAGAUUUUGAUUUCACAUUGGUUUGGAAAGAUCAGAGUCAGCCCUGUACAACAGGAAUCCAGAAAGGAAAAAAAAAAUAAAUUCAGCAGCCCAGAUUUGGAUAAUAGCGGAUUAUUUGUUUUAGCCUAGUCUAGUUUUAGAUCCAGCCCAUCUCAGGAAGCAGCAGAUUGAUGAUUAUUCAGGCCCAAGCUUUUAGCCCAGUUCAGAAGAUCAGCCCAAUUUUAGAGCCACAACAGAAUAGUUCAGCAGUAGACCAACCAAAAAAACAAAAAACCUCAGAAAAAUAUUUGGAUUAGGAUUUCUCUCUCAUACGCCUUGCAGUGCCACUUCCAAGCAUCUACGGACACUCAAAUCGGACUCGGUAAAGGUACGAGUCAAGGUUUAUCCAGAAAAUCGUUCAAGAGAUUGGGAAAAAAUUGAAUCACAGAAUUUUGAGUGUUUGUCCGUGCCUAGUUGGAUUAGAUUCUCAUAUAAAUGACAUUAAUUUGUGGUUACAAGAUGGAUCAAAUGAAGUUGGAAUAGUAGCAAUUUGUGGGAUGGGGGGAAUAGGGAAGACUACCAUUGCCAAAACUAUCUAUAACCUAAACUUUGAUAAAUUUGAAGUUAGCACUUUUCUUGCAAAUAUAAGAGAAACAUCAUCAGAACCCAAAGGUUUGGUUCGGUUACAAAGACAGCUUCUUUCAGAUAUUUUAAAGGGAAAAAAAGUAAAAGUUAGCAGUGUUGAUGAAGGAAUUGUAAAGAUCAAAGAUGCUAUUUGCUGCAAAAGAGUUCUAAUUGUUCUUGAUGAUGUGGAUCAAGCAGAGCAAUUAAAUGCAGUACUCACAAUGCGUGAUUGGUUUCAUCCAGGAAGUAAAAUUGUCAUAACAACCAGAAAUGAGCAAUUGUUGAAGGCACAUAAAGUGUAUAAGAUUCACAAAGUCAAGGAAUUAACUGAUGAUGAAUCUAUACAGCUUCUCAGUUGGCAUGCCUUUGAACAAGAGUGCCCUGUUGAAGCUUUCAUGGAGCACUCAAAAAUGAUUGUAAAAUAUUGUGGAGGGCUUCCUUUAGCUCUUCAAGUUUUGGGUUCGUCUCUAUCAGGGAGAAGUGUGGAUGUGUGGGAAAGUGCAUUAAAGAAAUUGGUAGCAAUUCCUGACAGUGAGAUCAUUAGAAAACUUAAAGUAAGCUUUGAUUCUUUGCAAGAUGACCAUGACAAAAAUUUAUUCCUUGACAUUGCUUGUUUCUUUGUUGGAGAAGACAAAGAUUUUGUAAUUACAUUACUGGAUGGUUGUAAUUACUUCACAAAAUUUGGGAUUGACAACCUCAUUCAUAGGUAUCUCUUAACAAUCAAUGAAGAUAACAAGUUGACGAUGCAUCAGUUGCUUCGAGACAUGGGAAGACAUAUUAUAAGUCAAGAAUCACUUAAGGAACCGGGGAAACGUAGCAGAUUGUGGCAUCAUGAGGAUGCCUUGAAUGUAUUGAAAGAAAAAACUGGAACAGAAACCAUUGAAGGCCUCAUCCUCAACUUGCAGUUGUCAAAGGAAGAUAAGCCAGCUAAGAAUUUCUUUGGUUUAGACGAUACAAAAAAUCACCAUUUUGAAGAUUUUCUUGAUGAAUCAACAUUGCUCCAUGGAAGCAAUUGGUGGAAGCGGCUAGGUCUUCUUGUAACUUCUGCCUUGACAGAGCCAUCUUCCGCAUCAAAUGAAGUAGACAUACAAACUGAUGCAUUUUCUAGGAUGCACAAUCUAAGACUGCUCCAGCUCAAUAAUGUAAGGCUCACUGGGAACUACAAACAAUUUCCUACGAGGUUGAGAUGGUUGUGUUGGCGUGGAUUCUCCUUGAAAUCUAUACCCAAUGACUUUCCUUUGGAGUGCCUGGUUGUUCUUGACAUGCAAUAUAGCAGCUUGAAACAAGUUUGGAAGGGAAACAAGUUGCUCAGAUCCUUGAAAAUCCUCAAUCUCAGUCAUUCCCAUGACCUUACCAAUAUGUCCAACUUCUCAAAAGUCCCUAAUCUUGAGAGAUUGAUUCUUAAAGAUUGCAUACAUUUGAUUGAGCUUCACGAAUCCAUUGGGGAAUUAGAGAAACUUGUUUUGUUGGAUCUAAAAGGUUGCAAAAAUCUUAGGGAGCUUCCAUCAAAAGUUGAUCAUCUAAAAUGUCUUGAAAAACUCGUUCUUUCUGGUUGCUUAAAGCUCCACAAGUUGCCUAGGGAACUGGGAAAGCUGGAAUCUCUGACAGUGCUCCAUGCAGAUGAAGUUGCUAUUAGUGAAUUAUCCUGUAGCACUGGUGAAUUGAAAUCAUGGCAUGCAGUCCUCCGAUCUUGGGUAUUCAAACCAAUAAAAUGUUCCGAAUCAAUCACCUUUUCAUCGGGUUCUUUGUUGGUAAGCCUAAGUCUUGCAAACUGCAAUCUCUUUGAUGAUGUCAUUCCUCUGGAUCUUAGUAGCCUUUCCUUAUUGAGGUACUUGAAUCUAAGUGGAAAUUCAAUUCGUAGAGUACCAGAUAUCAUCAAUUGUCUUUCUAUGCUUCAGGAGCUUUGUUUAGAUUCAUGCACAAGUCUCAAAUCACUUCCAGAGCUUCCAAGGAGUUUAGUUACAUUGAGGGCACAAAAUUGCAUGUCUCUAGAAAAAUUAACUAAUCUACCUAAUCUGUUGAGAUCAUUGUUUUUUGAUGUAACUGGUUGUGAGAAAUUAGUUGAGGUUCAGGGGUUAUUCAAGUUAGAAGCCAUUGGAAACUUUGACGCAGAAAUGGUCAACAGUUUGGGCUUGUGCAACUUGAAAUCAAUCAGAAACACUGAGGUGGAGUUGUUCAAUAAACUGACAGAAACAAGAAAGAAAGGUCCCAUUCAGGGACUUCAUGAAUUUGGUAUAUUCAGCACUUCUCUUCCUGGGAGCAAAUUUUCAGACGGUUUCAGCAUUAAGAAUAUGGGAACCUCAAUAUCAUUUAAUGUACCUUCACUUUCUAGUAUGAAGAUCCAAGGCUUGAAUAUAUGUUUGGUCUAUGCAAGUUAUUCCAAAUAUGAAUAUGGAAAUGGUUACUCAUACCAUAUCAAAGUCCUUAAUAAGACCAAGGGUCUGAUGUGGGUAUAUAGCCCAAUGGUCAUAGGGAUUCCAGGAGCCGAAGAAGAAAUGACAUGGUUAAGCCAUUGGAAGUUCGGAAAUCAGUUGGAAGCCGGCGAUGAGCUAAGCGUUUCGGUUGUUGGGUGGAGUUGUCCUUUUUGGAUGAAGGAGUGUGGAAUCAGCUUUGUGUACGACAAGCAAGAAGAGAAGGUUCUCCAAUCAAAGAGUAAAGAAAAAGAACAAUUAAUCCAACAAAACACCACCUAUCCUUGUUAUCAAGAUGUCAAUGAUGGUGAUUUGUCGUCAUAUCAGUUCGGGAAUCAAAGAGCGUACUUCCUCUCCUACCUUGAGUUCUUUAUGCUUAAAAAACCCUGAUAGAAUGGUUUUGUAUGACGACUUAUUUGAGGACUCUGUAAAAACUACAGGUGUUGGAGCGUUUUAGUCGACUAAUACCAAGUAUUGAAACAAAAUGAGACUUAUUAUUUCAGGUAGAA